AUGAAGACACCACUGUGGGGCUUGGCUUUGUGUUCAUUGCUCCUCCUUCCAGGACUCAUGUCCUGGGACUCCCAAGUGACUCAGAAAUGCAAGAAUGGCACCUACGAGAUCAGCGUCCUGAUGAUGAAGAACUUGGCCUUCUCAAACACAGCCCUGGACAGCUUGAAAAGCGUGGUGCAUCAGGGAGUGGAAAUAGUGCAAAACCGCCUGAUUAGCCAUGACAUAAAUGUGACUGUGAAUGCUAGCUUUAUCUAUUCGGAGAGUGAUAUUUAUGUGUCAAGUGACUGUCGGAGUAGCACCUGUGAAGGCCUUGAUCUAGUCAAGAAAAUCGCAGCUGAAAAAACAAUGGGCUGUGUCCUUAUGGGGCCCUCGUGUACAUAUGCCACCUUCCAGAUGUACCUUGACACAGGUUUGAAGUUUCCCAUGAUUUCAGCUGGAAGUUUUGGAUUGUCAUGUGACUACAAAGAAAAUUUAACCAGGUUGAUGUCUCCAGCUAGGAAGUUGAUGUACUUUUUGGUUGACUUUUGGAAAAAUGAUACAUUCCCAUUCAAACCGUUUUCCUGGGACACUGCAUAUGUUUUCAAGAAUAGUACCGAGAGUGAGGACUGUUUCUGGUACCUCAAUGCUCUGGAGGCUGGAGUUUCCUAUUUUUCUCAGGAACUUCACUUCAAGGAUAUGUUGAGAGGAGAAGUCCAGUUUCGGGAGAUCUUAAUGGACCAGAAUAGGAAAAGCAAUGUGAUUGUUAUGUGUGGGGACCCAGAGUUCCUCUACAACAUCAAGGGUGACCAGAAAGUGACUGAAGACACUGUCAUUAUUCUGGUGGAUCUAUUCAAUGAUGACUACUUCAGGGACAAUGUCACAGUCCCUGACUAUAUGGAAAAUGUCCUUGUUCUGACACUGCCUCCUGGAAAUCACACCUCAAAUUGCACUUUCUCCCAGGAUUUAUCACCGGUCGAAAAUGACUUUUCUCUUGCCUACUUGAAUGGAGUCUUGCUCUUUGGACAUGUGCUGAAGAUAUUUCUUGAAAAUGGAGAAAAUGUUACCAGCCCCAAAUUUACUCAAGCUUUUAGGAACCUCACUUUUGAAGGAUGGUCAAUUUCAUCAGAUCUUGUUCUAAAAUGUCUUUUUCUGUUCAUCCUUCUUUUUCAUGUCUGGACACAGUACCACAUUCUUUUGACCUAUGACAGGAAUGAGACUGACUGUGUGGAUAAGAACCCCACAUUCAUCUGGAAACAAAAACUUCCUAAUGAUGUUCCAGGCCAGGACCCAGGACCUCAAGUCCUGAUGAUUGCAGUCUUCACCCUUGCAGGAACCAUGGCCCUGCUGCUGCUUAUUGCUCUCCUGGUGUUGAGAAAAUAUAAAAAAGAAAAUGAACGUCAGAAAAAAUGGUCCCACAUUCCUUCUGAAAACAUCUUUCCUCUGGAGACCAAUGAGACCAACCACGUUAGCCUGAAGGAAGUUUUAAAUGACACAAUUUCCUACCCUGAUGGUACUUUCAUGGAUUGGGAGUUUAAGAUCUCUGUCUUGUAUGACAUUGCUAAGGGGAUGUCAUAUCUACACUCCAGUAAGACAGAAGUCCAUGGUCGUCUGAAAUCCACCAACUGUGUGGUAGACAAUAGAAUGGUGGUGAAGAUCACUGAUUUUGGCUGCAAUUCCAUUUUACCUCCAAAAAAAGACCUGUGGACAGCCCCGGAGCACCUCCGCCAAGCCAGCAUCUCUCAGAAAGGAGAUGUGUACAGCUACGGGAUCAUUGCACAGGAGAUCAUCCUGCGGAGAGAAACCUUCUACACGCUGAGCUGCCGGGACCAGAACGAGAAGAUUUUCAGAGUAGAGAAUUCCAACGGAAUGAAACCCUUCCGCCCAGAUCUGUUCCUGGAAACAGCAGAGGAAAAAGAGCUGGAAGUGUAUCUACUUGUGAAAAACUGCUGGGAGGAAGAUCCAGAAAAGAGACCAGAUUUCAAGAAAAUUGAGAUUACGCUAGCCAAGAUAUUUGGACUUUUUCAUGACCAGAAAAGUGAAAGUUAUAUGGAUACCUUGAUCCGGCGUCUACAGCUGUAUUCCCGAAACCUGGAACAUCUGGUGGAGGAAAGGACGCAGCUGUACAAGGCAGAGAGGGACAGAGCUGACAGGCUGAACUUUAUGUUGCUGCCAAGGCUAGUAGUGAAGUCUCUGAAGGAGAAAGGCGUUGUGGAGCCUGAACUAUAUGAGGAAGUUACAAUCUACUUCAGUGACAUUGUAGGUUUCACCACUAUCUGCAAAUACAGCACCCCCAUGGAAGUGGUGGACAUGCUCAAUGACAUCUAUAAGAGUUUUGACCACAUUCUUGAUCAUCAUGAUGUGUACAAGGUGGAAACCAUUGGUGACGCCUACAUGGUAGCUAGUGGUUUACCUAAGAGAAAUGGCAAUCGGCAUGCAAUAGACAUUGCCAAGAUGGCCUUGGAUAUCCUCAGCUUCAUGGGGACCUUCGAGCUGGAACAUCUUCCUGGCCUACCAAUAUGGAUUCGCAUUGGAGUUCACUCUGGUCCCUGUGCUGCUGGAGUUGUGGGGAUCAAGAUGCCUCGGUAUUGCCUAUUUGGAGAUACUGUCAACACAGCCUCUAGGAUGGAAUCCACUGGCCUCCCCUUGAGAAUUCAUGUGAGCGGCUCCACGAUAGCAAUCCUGAAGAGAACUGAGUGCCAGUUCCUGUAUGAAGUGAGAGGAGAAACAUACUUAAAGGGAAGAGGAACUGAGACCACCUACUGGCUGACCGGGGUGAAGGACCAGGAGUACAACCUGCCAACUCCUCCUACUGUGGAGAAUCAACAGCGUUUGCAAGCUGAAUUUUCAGAUAUGAUUGCCAACUCUUUACAGAAAAGACAGGCUGCAGGGAUAAGAAACCGAAAACCCACACGGGUAGCCAGCUACAAAAAAGGCUCUCUGGAAUACAUGCAACUGAACACAACUGACAGUAAGAACACCCAUUUUUAAAAACCUAAAUGAGGUCAGAGGACUCAGGCAAAUAAAGUACAGCUGCACUUAGGCAGCAGUCUCAAGGUUCCUGAACACCUCCAUUUCCCUAAGAGCUCAGUGGAAUAGAAGAAAACUCAGAUGUAUUCUACAGAGUCUUGGCUGCCCUGUCUUGAACAUGUUUGGAGAAUAUUCUGGAACAUUCUGGAAAAGUAAAUUACCUUCUACUCUGGAACAUGAUCUCAAUAGUUGCUCCAGGGAACUUUAAGCUGGGUAAGAAGAAGAAUGAAUGUACUAUCUCGAAGUUGAGAGGAGUUUUUGUUCUUAUUUCAUUUAUUUUGUUUUUGAUUUGUUUUG